AUGAUGAGUUGUAUCAUCACUGUGCGAUGGUUGAAACACAGUUUAAGUAUGUAAAAUAAACAUUCAUUUCGAUCAUAAUUUACAUAUUGUCUUAUACAGUUUUUAAUAAAUUUAAACAUUUUAGCAGUCAACCACUACAACUUGGAAGAGGAACGAAGCGAACGUGCAGCAAAGAAUCCAAGAUCAUCAAAAAACCAACAACGGAAGCAGAAGCGCAUACCUCUGCAGGGAACAGUAUCAGUAACGAUGAUCAAGUGGAAUGUCCAACGUGCCAUAUAUUUAUCAAGAAACGGUAUUUAGCUAAUCAUUUUAAAAAUAUAUAUCCUUUUCCAAAAAAUUAAAAGUGAAUAACCACGAAAUUAUAUUGAGAUUCUUAGAUUCAUUUAAGUUUUUAUCGUGUAAAUUAGAAGAAUUGGCCAAAAAUCUCAGUAAUGAUCAAUUUCAAGAAUUACGUAGAAAUUACCCUAAUGAUGAAGAUUUCUUUCGUUUAAAACGGAAAGGUGUUUAUCCAUAUGAACUUAUGACUAAUUAUGAUAGUUUAAGUCUAACAUCGCUCCCUGAACAAAAAUGUUUUUAUAGUUCACUCACAGAUUCACAUAUUUCAAAUGAUGAUUACAAUCAUGCUAAAGAUGUUUGGGAACAUUUUGGGUGUUGUAAUAUGCUCGAUUAUUCAAACCUAUAUUUAAAAACAGACGUUUUACUUUUAUCCGAUGUAUUUGAAAACUUUAGAAAGUUAUGUAUUAAUACAUAUGAUUUAGACCCUGUCCAUUAUUACACAGCACCCGGUUUAAGUUGGGAUGCAAUGUUAAAAUAUUCAAAAAUAGAAUUAGAACUUUUAACAGAUUAUGAGAAAAUUGCAUUUAUUAGAUCAGGUAUCAGAGGUGGUGUAUCUCAAUGUAGUAAUCGUUAUGCUAGAGCUAAUAACAAAUACAUGGAGGAUUAUGAUACAGGGAAACCAAAUUCAUAUAUCACAUAUUUUGAUGCCAACAAUUUAUAUGGUUGGGCUAUGUCUCAAUAUCUUCCUACUGGUGGAUUCGAAUGGGUAAAUCCAAAUACAGAAUUUAAUGUGUCUAAGACAUCAGACUUCGGUUUUAUUUUAGAAGUUGAUUUGGAAUAUCCAGAUGAACUUCAUGAUUUACAUUCGGACUUUCCUUUAUGUCCAGAAAACAUUUGUGUAGGCAAUAUUAAUGAGAAUAAACUAGUCCCAAAUUUAAAUAAUAAAGAUAAAUAUGUAAUUCAUUACAGAAAUUUAAAGCAGUGCAUAGAAAUGGGGGUUAAAUUAACUAAAAUUCAUAGAGUUUUAAAAUUUAAACAGUCUCCCUGGUUGAAGAUGUACAUAGAUCUAAACACAAAAUUAAGAACUUUAGCAAAAUCAGAUUUCGAAAAAGAUUUUUAUAAAUUAAUGAAUAAUUCAGUCUUCGGUAAGACUAUGGAGAAUAUUGAAAAAAGGGUUAACAUAAAAUUAGUUACGCACUGGGAGAACCAGGGUAAAGCUUUAGGUGCUCAAGAUCUAAUCGCUAAACCACAAUUUCAUAGCCUUUCAAUAUUUUCGGAAAACCUAGUUGCGGUUCAGUUGCGAAAAACGAAGUUAAUAUAUAACAAACCAAUUUAUUUAGGGUUUUGCAUUUUAGAUAUUUCAAAAACAUUAAUGUAUGAUUUUCAUUAUAACUAUAUGAUUAAAAAGUUUAGUAAAAUCAAAUUAUUGUAUACAGAUACGGAUAGUUUAAUAUAUCAUAUAUUUACAAAUGAUUUUUACACUGAUAUAAAACCUGACCUUUCAUCAUACUUUGAUACCUCAGAUUAUGAUACAAAUAAUAUUUUUGAAUAUCCAAAAUUAAAUAAAAAGAAAUUAGGUUUUUUUAAAGAUGAAAAUAAUGGUAAAAUCAUGAAAGAAUUUGUGGGUUUACGAUCCAAAAUGUACGCUUUUAACUUAGAGAAUAAGACUAUAGCCAAGGCAAAAGGGGUAAAUAAAUGUAUCACUAAAAAGAUGACAAUGAAUAGUUAUAAGUCUUCUCUAUUUAAUAAAAAAGUGCAAUAUUAUAGUAGGCUUAGAUUUAAAUCAAUUAAACACACAAUUUUCACACAAAAAUUAAAUAAGAUAGGUUUAUCAUAUAAUGACACAAAGAGACAUAUUUUAGAUAAUAAUAUUGAAACAUUAGCUUGGGGUCAUUAUAAACUGCGUUAAGUGUUGAUAGUUUUUACUUUUAUGUCUGCGUUUAAGAAAAAUUUAUAUUGAUUGUAAAAUUAUGAUAAUACUAUAAUAUGACGUAGUUUAUUACAUAUUUAAACAUUGUUUUAUUGUAAAUAAUUUAAGUUAAUUGUUGUUUCUAUUUAUUUGAGGUUGAGUUAAUUGUAAAAUUAUGAUGUACUAAUUGUUGUUUCUAUUUAUUUGAGGUUGAGUUAAUUGUAAAAUUAUGAUGUACUAAUUGUGUUAGAAAUAGUAUACAGAUAAUUCUGUUUUAUAUAAUUUUUGGAAUAUAUAUUAAUUGUUUACACCAACACUUUCAUUUUUUAUUUCACCCCUUUGAACUUUAGACGUGUGUUAUGUUUCACUUUAUCCAUCCGUUCACUGCUAUUGUGGCAGGACCAAGUGGGUGUGGGAAGUCAAAUUUUGUAACAAAUUUCAUAAAAUCAGUUACAGAAAUAUGUAAUUGUGAUUUUAAUCAGAUCACAUGGUGCUUUGAUGAAAUGCAACCAUUAUAUAAUUUACCAAAUGUUAACUAUCAUCAAGGAAUUCCAAAUCUUAAUAUGUUUGAUGGUGAAAACCCACAUCUUGUUAUUAUUGAUGAUCUAAUGAGAGAGUCCGAUGGAAGAAUUGUGGAUAUAUUUACAAAAGGUAGUCAUCACAGGAAUCUUAGUGUAUUUUAUCUAACACAAAAUUUAUUUCAUCAGGGUAAAGGACAAAGAGACAUAUCUUUAAACUCAAGUUAUAUAAUAUAUUUUAAAAACCCUCGAGAUAAAACUCAAAUAAGAUAUUUAGCAAGACAAGUAUCACCAGAUAACCCAAAAUUCAUUGAAAAUGCCUACAGGGAUGCAACUCUAGAGGCGCAUGGAUAUUUAAUGGUAGAUUUAAAACAGAAUACCAAUGAUUUUUGUCGUAUCAAGACAAAUGUCUUUCCAUUUAAUGGUUUCUGUACAGUCUACGUCCCCACAAAAGAGUUUAAAUACACCAAGAAUCAAACAAUUGAAAUCAUUGCUAAAUGAUGCAUCGUCGACUCACAACGUAUAAACAUUUGCUAACCGCUUUGCAUACGCUUAAACCAAAAUAUCAAAGAGCAUUACUUAAAACGUGUGAUGAAGAAGAAAUUAACUGUAUUUGUGAGUGUAUUCAUAACGUUUUACAAGGAAAAGUACCUCUUAAAGAUCAGGAU